CCGCUCCGCCGCCCUCACCGCGCUGCUCUGCCCGAUCGUCCCCGGCGCUCGCACCCCCCGCGGCCACCCCCGUGGGGAUUCCCCGCGGCGCCGCAGCGUCCCCGCCGCGCUGGCAGCAUGUCCGCCGUGCACCGGCGCUUUGGGGACGAGUACCGGGCGGUGGGCCCGGCGCGCAGGGAGCGGCAGCGUUUCGUGGACAAGAACGGGCGCUGCAACGUGCAACACGGGAACCUGGGCGGCGAGAGCAGCCGCUACCUGUCCGACCUCUUCACCACGCUGGUGGAUCUCAAGUGGCGCUGGAACCUGCUCAUCUUCCUGCUGACCUACACGGUCGCCUGGCUGGUCAUGGCUUCCAUGUGGUGGGGCAUCGCCUACCUGCGAGGUGACCUGCACCAGGCGCACGACGAUGCCUACAGCCCGUGUGUGGCCAACGUCUACAACUUCCCCUCCGCCUUCCUCUUCUUCAUAGAGACCGAAGCCACCAUCGGCUACGGGCACCGCUACAUCACCGAGCGCUGCCCCGAGGGCAUCGUGCUUUUCCUCUUCCAGUCGCUGCUGGGCUCCAUCGUCGACGCGUUCCUCAUCGGCUGCAUGUUCAUCAAGAUGUCGCAGCCCAAGAAGCGAGCCGAGACCCUCAUGUUCAGCCGCGCCGCCGUCGUCUCGCAGCGGGACGGCAAGCUCUGCCUCAUGUUCCGCGUCGGCAACCUCCGCAACAGCCACAUGGUGUCUGCCCAGAUCCGCUGCAAGCUGAUCAAGUCCCGACAGACGCCGGAGGGAGAGUUUCUGCCGCUGGACCAGUGUGAACUGGAUGUCGGGUUUGGAACCGGAGCGGACCAGCUGUUCUUGGUGUCCCCAUUAACCAUCUGCCACGAGAUUAACUCCAAGAGCCCCCUGUUCUGCCUCUCCCAAAGAUCACUGCGAAGCGAGCAAUUCGAAAUAGUUGUCAUCCUUGAAGGAAUUGUUGAGACCACCGGAAUGACGUGCCAAGCCAGGACCUCCUAUACAGAAGAUGAAGUUCUUUGGGGCCACAGAUUCCUCCCGGUAAUGUCCCUAGAAGAUGGCUUUUUCCACGUCGAUUAUUCUCAGUUCCAUGCUACGUUUGAAGUCCCAACUCCUCCUUACAGCGUUAAAGAGCAAGAAGAAAACCCGUCCCUGGCGUCUCCUUUGAGCAGUCCCGUCGAUACCAACAGAACCAGAAGAGAACAGGUUUGUUCGCUUGACUGCAUCGAUGGUACAGGAGACAAAAACAAGCUCCCUUUUAAACUUCAGAAGAUCAGCUCAGGAAAGGAAGAGCUUCCAAGACGAGCCCUGCGAAUGAGCUCCAGCGGCACAGAGAAGACUUGCAGUGCUGGAGAUCUCCUGAAGAUCCAAGAAGUAAGUCCCAGCUCUGAGGGUGAUGACAGGAUACAGCUGGAAGCCUUAAAAGCUAGCGCCUGGGCUUUGAGUCAGUCUGCCAGCAAUUUGGGUUUACAGAAGAGCCCUCCAGGUGUGUGCGCUCCAGACGUGAAAUUGGAAGGUAAUUUUCCUGCCAAACUUCAAAAAAUGGACUCCGGUCGCCUCUCUUAAGAGCAGAAACAGCAGGAGUUGUUGCUGAUAAACUGCUUUAAGACCACCGACCUGCACGAGCUGACUUACAGUACAGUCAUCAUUUAAUUUGGCCACUUUCAAGAAGAACUAUCCUUUUUGUAUCAUUGUUCCAGCUUAGGUAGCACAAUAGGACUUAGAGGGGCAGUCAGGUUAGACUGUCGUGCCAAAGAAAUCCCUGCCCCAAUUACGUUUAUCAGCAUGCUCGUUGCAAAUCCACGUUGUCUUCCGUAGCUGCAGAUGCUUUUUCACGAAGCAAAGACCAGGUCUUUAGUUAUUUUAGAGCACCCUCCCCGGAAUGUGGCGAUCUGUAGAAAUGACCAAAGAGAUGUCAGGGCAGGUUUACCCAGGGGUGUUGGUAUUUUGGUGUUCAGUAUCUCUUUAAAGUGUCACGUUAUUUCUGAGCGACUGCCCUUGAAGAGGGCGAAAUCUUGCAGAACUGAAACUGCUGUUUGCCUUACCGAUCACCAGGAAUGGCAAGAACUAGACUUCUAUUUUCUUAGGUUUCCUGGGGUUCCACACUCCCGAAUAACUGCUCUAUUAUUCAGCUAUUCUGCUGUCCAUCACAGUCUGCCAAAGAGGUUGGUUUGGUUCUUUUUCCAGAGGAUAGUGAGCAAGCACAAUCAGAAUAAGCAGACACUUGAGGCAGGAGGAUUCUGCGCUGUGCAUCCUGCAGGAUGGUCCUGAGCUAUUGUCAGUUUUCCCAGCUCUGUGCUGCUCCCAUAGCUGUGGAGGAGAUUUCAUGGCCUCCUGAGACUUUCUGUAGGCCACUCACAUACAUACGGACAUCUAUGUGUUAAAAAAUGUAAAUGUGCACACAUAUAUUCUAUACACAGCUGUUACAAUACAUGUCAGUCAGCUAUUAAGCUCA